CGCCGCUGCUUUCAGCUCCCUCAUCUGGGCAUCUGCACAAUGGCGACCGAUAAAGAAGAAGAUGGUUUGCUGUUAGUGCGCACCAGAAAGCGCAAGCAGUCUCUAGGGCAAGGUGUAAUAUGUAACAAGGAAAUGAGAGCUUGCAGUCUGAUGCUGCUGCGGCUGCAGCUGGAUCAAAGCGUCUCCGAAGCUGCAAUAACCCCGACUAUCCGAGCAAAGGCGUCAACGUGGCAAUUGCAAUUGCUAAUGCCGCCAAAGCUGGUGCGGAAGCUCGUGCACGGCGAGCAUCCCAAGCACAGAUCCAGGAACGCCGCAAAAAUGGUCCAGAUCACUAUUCUUACCUGAUAGCGGAUUCAAUCAAGGCUGCUGCACUCGCUGGCUACAAAUCGCGCGUUCAGAGGGCUGCCCGCGCGAAUGAUUUUGGCGCUAACCGCACGGAACGCAAUGCUGGG